AUGCCGAUCGUGUACGCAGCGGUAGCGGAGGACGGACAGGUGACGACUGAGUGCCAGCUGGCGGGCAACAAGACCGACUUCUCGAAGGUCAUCACGGUCCUGCUGGAGCGCAUGGAGCACCGCAACCACAAGAAGUCCUACAGCCACGAAGGGUUCUCGUACAACUACAUCACGGAGGACGAGGUGACCUACGUGUGCGUGGCCACGAUGGACCUUCCGACGCGCCUGUGCUUCGGCUUCCUCACCAAGAUCAAGAACCUCUACGACGGCGGCGAAGAAUUCGACGCCGUGCUCGAGGAGCAGAUGGCGUUCUUCAACAACGACCCCAAGGCGGACAAGAUCAAGGGCAUCCAGUCGGACAUCAAGACCGUGCAGGACAUCAUGAUGGAGAACAUCGAGAAUGUGCUGCAGAGGGGUGAGAAGCUGGAGGACGUGCUAGACAAGACGGACAAGAUGAACGCCAACGCCUCCACCUUCCGGGAGAGCUCUCGCAAGCUGAGGCGGGCCAUGUGGUGGCGCAACGUGAAGCUCAACAUCUGCCUGUGCUUCAUCUGCCUCAUCCUCCUGGUGGUGAUCUUCUUCGUGGUGGUGUGGGCCUGCGGUGGGUUCAGCUUCCCCAAGUGCGGCUGA